CUCUCCACGCGCCUCCGACGCUCCGCUUUUCUUUAAGACGUCGGCCCGGCGCGAGCCCAGCUAGAUGUGGAGGGUUGUGCGUCCUCCUGUGCCUGAGUUUGGUUUUCCGAGUCAAAGAGCUCAUCCCCGCCAGAUAGCACUCAGCUCAUCGCCUCCUUUGUUACUUUUUGUUGUUGUUUUUUUGUUUUAAAGAGAGAGAGAAGGUGGAGGCUUCCAAAUAACGCAACUGAGAAGAGACAUCUGCCGCGUGCAAGGCUUGAUUAUCUUUGAGGAAGAAAUUUGUCGCCAUGAGUUCCGAAAAGAGCAACAGAAUGGAAGAUGAAGCGGUGCUGGACAGAGGAGCAUCUUUUGUCAAGCAUAUGUGUGAUGAAGAGGAAGUGGAAGGCCACCACACUGUGUACAUCGGUGUGCAUGUGCCCAAGAGCUACCACCGUAGGAGACGCCACAGACGCAAGUCGAACCACAAGGAGAAGCGGGAACGUGUCGAGCAGAUUGUGGGAGCCUACAAGUCUGACGCAGAGAACGCGGACGACUCCUGCACGAGCAUCCUGAAACCCCUCAUUUCUCCGGCUGAGAGGAUUCGGUUCAUUCUGGGAGAGGAGGAUGACGGCCCACCACCCCCGCAGCUCUUCACAGAGCUGGACGAGCUCCUGUCUGUGGACGGGCAGGAGAUGGAAUGGAAAGAGACGGCCAGGUGGAUUAAGUUUGAGGAGAAGGUGGAGAAAGGUGGAGAGCGUUGGAGCAAGCCUCAUGUCGCCACGCUGUCCUUACACAGCCUAAUGGAGCUCAAAACGUACAUCGAGAAGGGGACAGUCCUGCUAGACAUGGAGGCGUCCACACUGCCACAAGUUGUCGAAAUGAUCACCGAUAGCCAGAUUGAGACUGGUCAGCUGAAGGCAGACCUAAAGGAGAAGGUGGUGUACACUCUGUUACGAAAGCAUCGCCACCAGACCAAGAAGUCCAACUUGCGUUCUCUUGCCGACAUCGGCAAGAGUGUUUCCAGUGCAAGCCGGCUGUUUUCAAAUCAGGAAAAUGCACCGCGCUCGUCCUUCGAUCACUCUGUGCCUUGUUUAAUUCCACAAGACCCGGCGGAUUCAUAUGAGGUCAUGAGGAGCUCCAGCAUGGGACACCUCUGUAGCCCUACCACUACCCACCGGAACCUCACCUCCAACAGCCUGAGCGAUUUCUCUGAUAAACCAGAAAAGGAUCAGCUGAAGAAUAAGUUCAUGAAAAAGUUGCCCCCCGAUGCCGAGGCGUCAAACGUGCUGGUCGGAGAGGUGGACUUCCUGGAAACCCCGUUUGUUUCUUUUGUCCGUCUGCAGCAGGCCGUUAUGCUGGGAGCGCUUACUGAAGUUCCCGUGCCCACAAGAUUUAUGUUUGUACUUUUGGGACCUAAAGGAAAGUCCAAGUCUUACCGAGAGAUCGGAAGGGCAAUCGCCACCCUGAUGUCCGACGAGGUGUUUCAUGACAUCGCCUACAAAGCGAAAUGCAGGAAGGACCUGCUGGCUGGAAUCGACGAGUUCCUGGACGAAGUGAUCGUCCUUCCUCCUGGCGAGUGGGACCCCGACAUCAGGAUAGAGCCACCCAAGUCCCUUCCCUCCUCAGACAAAAGAAAGAACAUGUAUGCUGGAGGAGAGGCUCCUCAGAUAAAUGGAGACACCCCCCAUGACACGGGACACGGAGGCGGAGGAGGUGGGCACCAAGUGGGAGAGGAGCUUCAGUGCACAAGAAAGUUUUGCGGAGGUCUUAUCCUGGAUGUGAAGCGAAAGCUGCCGUUUUUUGCCAGCGACUUCUACGACGCCCUCCACAUUCAGUCUCUGUCUGCCAUCCUGUUUAUCUAUCUGGGCACUGUCACCAACGCAAUCACGUUUGGAGGCUUGCUUGGAGACGCUACAGAGAACAUGCAGGGAGUGUUGGAAAGUUUUCUCGGUACGGCGCUGUCAGGAGUAGUGUUCUGCCUGCUAGCUGGGCAGCCGCUGACGAUCCUCAGCAGCACAGGCCCGGUGCUUGUGUUCGAAAGACUUCUCUUCAGUUUCAGCAAAGACAACAGUUUCGACUACCUCGAGUUUCGGCUGUGGAUCGGCCUGUGGUCUGGUUUGUUCUGCCUGGUGCUGGUCGCCACGGAUGCGAGCUUCCUGGUGCAGUACUUCACACGCUUCACAGAGGAAGGCUUCUCUGCGCUUAUCAGCUUCAUCUUCAUCUAUGACGCAUUCAAGAAGAUGAUAAAGCUGGCCCACCACAACCCCAUCAACUCGGAGUUCGACCACAACCUCAUCACUCAGUACGACUGCCGCUGCGUACCGGGUAAUUCAUCAACACUCCUCGAUACUUCUGCCUGGACAAGCCGUACUGACCUGCCGGAGAACGCCACCUGGGCGUCCCUGACCCAGGAUCAGUGUAAGGAGUUCGGAGGGCUGCUGGUCGGAAAGGCCUGUGACUAUGUGCCUGACAUUACCCUGAUGUCCUUCAUCCUGUUCUUUGGAACCUACACCUGCUCCAUGGCUCUGAAGAAGUUCAAGACGAGUAGAUUCUUCCCCACAACAGUGAGGAAGCUUAUCAGUGACUUUGCCAUCAUCUUGACCAUUCUUCUCUUCUGUGGCAUUGACGCCUUGGUCGGUGUGGACACUCCAAAGCUCAUAGUGCCUCGUGAAUUUAAGCCCACAAAUCCAGCACGGGGCUGGUUUAUUCCUCCAUUUGGAGGAAACCCCUGGUGGGUGUACCUGGCAGCUGCACUUCCUGCCCUCUUGGUCACGAUUCUGAUCUUCAUGGAUCAACAGAUCACUGCGGUGAUUGUGAACAGGAAAGAACACAAGCUAAAGAAAGGGGCCGGUUAUCACCUGGACCUGUUCUGGGUGGCCAUCCUGAUUAUAGUCUGCUCCUUCAUGGGCUUGCCAUGGUACGUAGCUGCUACCGUCAUCUCCAUCGCCCACAUCGACUCUCUGAAAAUGGAGACCCAGACCUCCGCCCCCGGAGAGCAGCCCAAGUUCCUGGGCGUCAGGGAACAAAGAGUCACUGGCAUCUUUGUGUUCCUCCUGACGGGACUCUCCGUCUUCAUGGCUCCUAUCCUGAAGUUCAUCCCGAUGCCUGUCCUCUACGGCGUCUUCCUCUAUAUGGGUGUGGCGUCUCUCAAUGGUGUCCAGUUCAUGGACCGUCUGCAGCUGCUCCUCAUGCCAGCCAAGCACCAGCCGGACCUCAUCUACCUGCGCCACGUCCCCCAGAGACGCAUCCACCUCUUCACCUUCAUCCAGGUCCUGUGCUUGGCUCUGCUCUGGAUCCUCAAGUCCACCGUUGCCGCCAUCAUUUUCCCCGUCAUGAUUUUGGCGUUGGUUGCCGUUCGGAAGGCCAUGGACUACGUGUUCUCCCAGCAUGACCUCAGCUACCUGGACGACGUGAUCCCGGAGAAGGACAAGAAAAAGAAGGAGGACGAGAAGAAGAAGAAAAACAAGAAGAAGGGAAGCAUCGACAGUGAAAUUGACUAUGAGAUUCGCCGCAAACUGUCCUUAACCCCCAUUCACCGUGCUGAACACUACUUUGGCUCCCCCUCUGUUUUCGGCUGCGGUUCCCACGGCUCACCUCAGAUUCGGAUCGACCGGGACGAGAACGGCUUCCUCAGCAGGAAGAGCUCUGAAACCGAACUGUGAAAGAAAUGUGCACACAAACAACACAACACUGCAAACAUCCCCUUAUUUUAUUUGAAUUCAUUUUAACUUUUAUUUUAUUACCACAGUGCCGAUCCGUGGCGGUUAUUUCUACGACAAUUCACACGAGGAUUUGAAUCCGAAUAGCUGGAAGUAUUUCGUUUCAACACUUUGGUGGUUCUGAGUUUGCAGCGUCGUCGGCUGUAAAACAAACAGAAGGUCAUCUGACUUAACUUUUGAAAGUAUGUGUUAUUAAUUUAUUAAACGUAACGUUUGUUGACAUGAACAGAGGUCCUGAAAGCAAUAGUAAUUAUAUUAUUUGCUAAAGUCAAUUACACUGCACAUACCAAUAUCCAAAGUUUUAAUUUAUUAUUAUUAUUAUGAAACACUUGCAUGCAAGUUUCUUUUAUUAGACAGAAAUCUUCACCUGAACGUCUCUGAGAGCCACGUCUUCCGUUCACAUGUUGCGAACUAAACGGCCUACACAAAGUCAUCUAUGCAAAAAUCACAAGCUGACUUAUAAACGUUUCAACAGAUUUGUUCCAACAAAUCCAAAAAUAAUACAAUAAAUACAAUAGCAUCAACACAGGUUUCAUCUUUAUUCAACUUUUUUUUUCCAAUCUCAGUUUCCUUUUUUGAUAUAUUUAUUGUUAUAUUUAAACUCACAGUAAAAUCGCUUACUGGAUGGACUUUAUGCAAUAGUUUUUUUCACUUUGUCUUCUCAGUGGUGUUUGUCCACUCAUCUGUCGUUUCCCUGUUUAUGGAGUCCUAGAUGUUUGAAACCCUCACGUAGCUCUACCUCUUCUUCUCUUUAGGUGCCAGACAUGUUUUUUUGUUUAUUUUUUUAUGAUUGAAAUAUUGUGCAAUGGUUUCUGAUCAAACACUAAUCUGAUUUAUUCCAUAUCCCCUCAAUUUGGCACUAUAUAAAUGUCAGAUUAAUUUUGUGACUUGUAUUAUUACUAUUAUAAUUGUUUGGUUUUUUUUCUAUCAUUGUAAAAAGUGAAAUAGCAAAUGUGUGAAAGGGCAAAUUCACCUGAUAUUUAAAAAAAAAACCCAACAAAAACAAAAAAAACCAAGAUAAUACUUUGAUGUUUGCAUUCGAACAACUGAACAUGGCAUUAAUAUUAAUACAUGGCGACUCGAUGAUAUUUCAAACACUGAAGUUGAGGAGGAAAUGAUCAUUGCUGCUCGUCUGAUGAGUUCAGUGUAACUUUGGGACAAUCGAUUCUUUGAUUAGGUAGCUUUUAUUUUACAACGUGAUCUUAUACAGAUGAUUUGAUUAAUAUUUAAUCUUUAAAUACUUUUUAGGUUGUAGUCUUUUUUUUUAAAUAAUGCAAAUCAAAAUUCAGACUGGUUACUGCUUCAUUGUCUUUUGGAGUAAAAAAUCAGACAAAAUGUAUACAGUGCUGCAAAAUGGGGUUUUUUUCUGACAUUUUUUGCUUUUUGGCCACAUAAAAAUCUGUUUCAGUUGUUCACUGUCCUGCUGCAUAACCCAAAUUGACCUGACCUGAAGGUCAUCUGGUUUUGUGAAUUACUACAUGCUGUUUAGGUCUUGAAGUCGCAUUUUCCCUUUUUUUUUUUUCCCUGAAAUGCUUUGACAUCAGAAAUAAAAAAUGUGGUCAAUCACAGCUAAUUCACCCCUUUCAUCUGGGGUUGGAUCCUCUUAGAACUAGAUCGAUGAUCUGAAACAUGUGACUGAAAAGCCAAAACAAAAGAAAUACGCAGUUUUGUACAAAUGCUUGUCGCAGCACUGUAUUCUGAUUGUCAUUUAACAAACACAUUUACAAUGAUCCAGCUCAAUUAUGCUCACCACCGGUACCAAACUGAUUCAUGCAAGGUUGAUUAAUAUAUAUCUGUGUAUUCAUGCAUCCAAAUCAUUUGAGCUGUGUAAGCAUAUUUAUUACUUCCAACUUUACAAUAUUCUCAUGCACUCUGUUUUGUCCAUCAUUUGUCUUGCUAAACGGCUCUGAUUCAUCUCUCACAGUAUGUUUAUUUUUUUUUUAUAAAUGUGAAGCUAAUGACUGUUAACGUAGCAUUUUUUUCCCCUCCCUAUAAGCCAGCCCUGGUCUUCCUCUUUGUUUCCUUAAUCUGUACAUCUUCUGCUUCCAUAACUGUUAUAUUUAUCAUGCUGUGACACUGAAACUAGUUUUAUGCCACGCAUCGUGUGUGCAAAACUGUCAGGCUACUCCUAAGGAAUUGAAGUGUUUUUCAAUGAAGCAGUGAUUUAAAUGAGAGCAAUAAAAAUAAAAUAAAACAAUCGGAAUGAUUCUUAAA